UGCCCUUUCGCCUAGCCCUCGCCCUCGCCCCUCGCCCCUCGCUUUCGUCGGAGUCGCGGCACUAUCAACCCUCGCGAGAGAGGCGGAGAGAGAGAUAGCAGCGGUUGCGGAAGCGAAACAUAGCAGGAUGAAGAUCUUCGUCAAGACUCUCAAGGGCACUAACUUCGAGAUCGAUGUGAAGCCCGAGGACACGGUUGCUGCUGUGAAAAGAUAUAUCGAGACGUCUCAAGGAAAAACUGUUUACCCAGCUGAACAGCAGAUGCUUAUACAUCAAGGGAAGAUUCUUAAAGAUGAUACUACACUGGAUGAGAAUAAAGUUUGUGAAAGCACUUUUCUUGUUAUAAUGCUGAGUAAGACUAAGGGUUCAUCUAGUGGAGCAUCGACCACUGUACAAGCUCCUGCAACUCAGACUAAGGGCUCAUCUAGUGGAGCAUCGACCACUGUACAAGCACCUGCAAGUCAGGCUCCACCUACUAAUACUGCACCUCCUGUCCCUUCAGCACAAGCAUCUGCUCCAUCUCAAGCACCUUCAGCAACAUUGCCUUUUGUACCUGCAAGUACACCAGCUCCAACUGCUGCAGCUGCUGCAACUCCUGUGGCUACCAUAUCCAGUGAAGUAGAUGCAUAUGGUCAAGCAGCAUCAAAUCUUGUUGCUGGUAAUACCUUAGAGCAAACCAUCCAACAAAUUCUUGACAUGGGUGGGGGGACUUGGGCCAGAGACACUGUCGUUCGUGCCCUGCGUGCUGCAUAUAACAACCCUGAACGGGCUGUUGAAUAUUUAUACUCUGGUAUUCCUGAGAAUGCUGAAGCCCCACCAGUUGCACGAGCGCCUGCAAGUGAACAAACAACCAAUGCCCCAGCGCAGGCUCCACAACCAGUUCAAGCUGCAGUUCCUUCUGGUGGUCCUAAUGCUAAUCCUUUGGACCUCUUUCCUCAGGGUCUGCCCAAUGUUGGGUCAAAUGCUGGUGGUGGAAGCCUUGAUUUUUUACGGAAUAGUCCACAGUUUCGAGCUUUGCAGGCUUUGGUGCAGGCAAACCCUCAAAUCUUGCAGCCUAUGCUUCAAGAGCUGGGAAAACAGAAUCCUCAGAUUAUGAGGCUUAUUCAGGAACACCAGGGAGAGUUUUUGCGAUUGAUAAAUGAGCCUGCAGAAGGAACUGAGGGCAACCCUCUAGGUCAGUUGGCUGGUGGAAUGCCACAAACGCUGAAUGUUACUCCUGAGGAACGCGAAGCCAUUGAGCGUCUCGAAGCGAUGGGCUUUGAUCGAGCACUUGUGCUGCAAGUCUUCUUUGCUUGCAACAAAAACGAGGAGCUUGCUGCUAAUUACCUUCUGGAUCAUAUGCAUGAGUUUGAAGAUUGAACUGCAAAGUUAUUCGAACAUCUUUUGGGUUAAAACUAAAUUGGCAGCUCCAUGCUUAUUGAAAGCAUGUGGGUUGUGGGAUGCUUUAUACUUUGCUUAAUUUUUUAGAAUCUGGGGAACCAUAAUUGUGUAUAAAGAUUGUGGGAUCAUUUUAACAGUUUGAAUCAUUUUCCCUGUGUUGCUUGAAGUUAAAUAAUUCAUUAGGGACUAAGCACAUC